GGUGACGCGCUGCGGUGCGGGCAGGUCCUGCCGCCGCGCAUGAGGACGGCGGGGGCGCAGCGCGGAGCCGCCGCCGCCGCACGGCGCCCCAGCUUGAGCGCCGCGGGGAUUUCAAGAUACUUUACACUUGAAGGGUACUUGGAGAAACCUAGGACACCUGUUAACUUGUAUCAAGCUGGAAUUCUGGUGAAAAGCUAAGCAUUUGCUUCCUGGCUGCCGGGAGAAGAUUCUGCUUUCAGGUUAUCAGAGAUGGCAAUUUGAAGAAUCAUCUUUCCGAUAUGAACAAAGUAAAAACAACAUCUGAAAAAAGCGUAUCUGCCAAUUCUCGGACUAUGUCCCUGCUGUCACAGCUGGAGAAGAUCAAUUUGGACUCUGUAUUAGGAGAAUCAGACAGUGCCAGAUAUGUUACCUCCAAGAUCCUUCAUCUGGUUCAGAGUCAAGAAAAAACCAGGAAGGAGAUGACUUCUAAGGGCUCCACUGCAAUAGAAGUUAUCCUGGCAACCCUAGAGAAUACAAAAGAUCCUCAAACUAUUCUAAAUAUAUUGAAUAUUCUCAUUGAGGUAAUCUCAGUUGGUGGCGGUCGGAGAGCAAGUGUCUUAGUUACCAAAGGAGGGACACAGAUCUUAUUACAGCUACUUUUGACUGCCAGCAAAGACUCUCCACCAAAUGAAGAAUUAAUGGUGCUUCUUCAUACUCUUCUUGCAAAAAUUGGCCCAAAAGACAAAAAGAUUGGCAUGAAAGCAAGAAUAAAUGGUGUCCUAAACAUACCAUUGAAUUUAGUGAAGCAGAAUUUGCAGAACCACAGGCUAAUAUUACCAUGUCUUCAAGUGUUAAGAGUUUACUCAACCAACUCUGUAAAUGCAGUAUCUUUGGGAAAGAAUGGAGUAGUAGAACUGAUGUUUAAGAUCAUUGGCCCUUUUAGUAAAAAGAACACUAGCCUUAUGAAGGUUGCUUUAGACACACUUGCUGCAUUGCUAAAAUCAAAAACAAAUGCCAGGAGAGCGGUAGACAGAGGAUAUGUGCAGGUGCUUUUAACGAUAUAUGUUGAUUGGCAUCGUCAUGAUAGUCGUCACAGAUACAUGCUGAUACGUAAAGGAGUUUUGCAGUGCAUUAAAAGUGUUACAAACAUCAAACUGGGAAGAAAAGCAUUCAUUGAUGCCAAUGGGAUGAAAAUUCUUUACAACACUUCACAAGAGUGCCUUGCAGUAAGAACUCUUGAUCCUCUUGUCAACACAUCCAGCCUAAUAAUGAGAAAAUGUUUUCCUAAAAAUCGUCUUCCUUUACCAACUAUUAAAAGUGCUUUCCAUUUCCAACUCCCAGUUAUUCCUGCCACUGGUCCUGUGGCUCAGCUGUACAGUUUGCCUCCUGAUGUGGAUGAUGUAGUAGAUGAAAGUGAUGAUAACGAUGAUGCUGAAACAGAAUCAGAAAUUGAAACUGAAAAUGAUGAUGACAAAGACCAACAUUUUAAGAAUGAUGAUAUUGAGACUGAUAUUAAUAAACUGAAACCUAGACAGGAAUUGGGAAGACCCAUAGAAGAACUGAAAAUGUAUGAGCAGUUUUUCCCAGAACUUUCAGAAAACUUUCAGGAAUGGCACUUAGUUUCCAAGGAACCAAAGCCUUUUGUACCUGAUGCAAAUCUGAGUGGACCUAUUGUUGUUCCUACAGCCAGUGAGGAGCACCCUGCUGAAGGAAACCAGUCAACAAAAGGGGUUGCUUUGAAGGAAAGCAAUCCUUUAUUGACAGAGGAAUAUAAUAGAAGGCCAGUCUUUCUGGAACUACCAAAGAAAGAUGGUAUGAAAGACAGUAGUUCACAUCAGCAAAAUGAUCAAAGAAACAUGCUUCCAUCAUGCCAGUGUCUAAGCCAAGAAAUUGUAAAAGGCUUGGACAGAAUCAGUCUACAGAACAGUGCAAAAAAUGAUCAGUAUUAUGGUCCAGGGUGUGUAGUAAAGAAGGAAAGCAAAGCUAGCCUUACCACACUUGCUUGCAGCAAACCUUGUGAACAUGUUUCACCCUGUGGAAGUAGCCUAUUUGAAGGAUCAUCUGUCCAGCUGGGAAAACUGUGCUGCACUGGAGUGGAUUCAGAAGAGGAGGAGGAUUCCAGAUCUAGUUCAUCAGGGGAACAAGUCAUGCUUGAGGUUUCCGAUGUAUCAUCAGUUCACGACUGUGAUCUUUAUAUUGAAAUGGUAAAAACAACAAAAUCUAUUCCGGAAUAUUCAGAAGUGGCCUAUCCAGAUUAUUUUGGCCAUAUUCCACCCCCAUUUAAGGAACCUAUUCUGGAAAGACCAUAUGGGGUACAGAGGACAAAAAUCUCUCAAGAUAUUGAAAGGCUGAUUUAUCAAAAUGACAUUAUAGACAGAGUUGUGUAUGACCUUGAUAAUUUAAGUUGUUCAAUACCAGAGGAAGCAGAUGUUUUGAAGUUUAAUUCCAAAUUUGAAUCUGGAAAUCUGCGCAAAGUUAUCCAGAUCAGAAAAAAUGAGUAUGAUCUAAUUCUGAAUUCGGAUAUAAAUAGCAAUCAUUAUCAUCAGUGGUUUUACUUUGAAGUCAGUGGAAUGAAAACUGGCAUUGGUUACCGGUUUAACAUCAUCAACUGUGAAAAGUCAAACAGUCAGUUUAACUACGGAAUGCAGCCCCUCAUGUAUUCUGUUCAAGAAGCACUAAAUUCUCGACCAUGUUGGACUCGUGUUGGGACAGAUAUUUGUUACUACAAGAAUCACUUUUCAAGAAGUUCAAUUGCUGCUGGAGGUCAGAAAGGAAAAUCCUAUUACACAAUUACGUUCACAGUGACUUUCCAACAUAAAGAUGAUGUGUGCUACUUUGCUUACCAUUAUCCAUAUACAUACUCAACUUUAAAGAUGCAUCUUCAGAAGCUGGAAUCAAUGCACAACCCUCAACAGAUAUAUUUUAGACAAGACGUUCUCUGUGAGACCCUGGCUGGCAACAGUUGUCCAUUAAUCACUAUUACAGCCAUGCCAGAGUCUAGUUACUACGAACAUGUCUGUCAGUUCAGGAAUCGUCCUUAUGUUUUCCUGUCUGCGCGUGUACAUCCUGGAGAGACUAAUGCAAGCUGGGUUAUGAAGGGAACACUGGAAUACCUUAUGAGUAAUAAUCCAAAUGCCCAGUGUUUACGGGAGUCUUAUAUUUUCAAAAUUAUUCCCAUGCUCAAUCCAGAUGGUGUCAUCAAUGGAAACCACCGUUGCUCUUUAAGUGGAGAAGAUUUAAACAGACAGUGGCAAAAUCCAAAUCCAGAUCUGCAUCCCACUAUUUACCAUGCUAAAGGGUUACUGCAAUAUUUGGCUGCUAUAAAACGUUUACCUUUGGUCUACUGCGAUUAUCAUGGUCAUUCUCGUAAAAAGAAUGUAUUUAUGUAUGGCUGCAGCAUCAAAGAGACCAUGUGGCAUACGAGUGUUAAUGCUGCCUCUUGUGACCUGAUGGAAGACCCUGGUUACAGGGCACUCCCCAAGAUCCUGAGUCAGAUUGCCCCAGCAUUCUGCAUGGGCAGCUGCAGCUUUGUAGUAGAAAAGUCCAAGGAAUCUACAGCACGAGUUGUUGUCUGGAGAGAGAUAGGAGUACAAAGGAGCUACACAAUGGAAAGCACAUUAUGUGGAUGUGACCAGGGCAAAUAUAAGGGAUUGCAGAUAGGGACAAGAGAACUGGAAGAGAUGGGAGCAAAAUUCUGUGUUGGCUUACUGCGUUUAAAAAGAAUGGCCUCAUCCUUGGAAUACAAUUUGCCUUCUAGUCUAUUGGAUAUUGAAAAUGAGCUGAUUGAGUCAAGCUGUAAAGUGACAAGCCCCACUACGUACAUUUUGGAUGAAGAUGAGCCUCGCUUCCUUGAAGAAGUUGAUUACAGUGCAGAGAGCAAUGAUGAUCAAGAUGUUGAAUUAGCUGAUAAUGCGGGUGAUUAUGAGGCAACUAAUCAAGAUGAUGGACUUUCAGACUCAGAUUCAACAAGGAUACUCCUUUCUUGAACCAGCUUUGCCUCCAGUAAUAGGAAAUUAAGUAUCCUGGAUUUCCAUAGUCAUACACUUCCUUGCUGUUUUCUACAAAGGGGAUAUAGCUUCAGUUAAUGCAAAUAACUGGGGCCUGCCUAGCUCAAGGAUAAUAAAUAUUUCUGACAAAUUUGUGUGUGUUUUAUUUAAGGAGUUCUGUGUUUUCUUUUAGCACUGAAUAGAUAAAUUUAUUUACUAUUUCAUUUUUUUACUAAAGACUACCGCAUGGCAUUUUGUGUCCUUAACCCUAUCUUAAGAAAAAUGGAUUAUAAUUUGUGUUGUGUCAGAGUACAGAAAGUAAUUUUUUGUGGUAUGGUUCUUUGAGUUGCUUCCUAAAAAAUUACAUAUGUACAGAUUUUAUAAAUUAAUUUGUGUACGUGUGUGUAUAUGCGCGUGUGUAUACUGAGGUGAAGAGGUUAUUUUUCAACAUUAUUUCAAAGAUACUUGAUUGUGUUUGAAGCAAUGUAGUGCCUGCUCUGAAACCAUUCAAUAAUUACUAAAUUAAAAAUGAGAACUUAAUGUAUGAAUUUUUGCACUUGUUUCUUGCUUCUGAUGAUUAUAUGGUUUUGCUACACUAUUAGGUGAAAAUAUUUAAUAUCUUUUCAGAGUUCUGGAAUUUUGCACAGUGACCAAUGCAGCCUGUGCUUAGAAGAGCUAGACUCUUGUAUAAAACUCUCCCAUAGAAUAGGCAUGGUUUAAUUUGAAGAAGUUUUCUUAUUAAGUGUACAUGACUACAAGAAGGGUUAGGUAUGUACACUAUCUAUGUUCAGUUACCCAGCCGCUCAAUUUUUGUAGUUGAAUAUGCACGUAGUUAAAAAGUAUUCACUUUUACUGGGAUUUCAUAAAUAUAUACCCAGUUCCAUUGGUUUAAUAGGGAAGGUGCAUUUUGGUUUAAACCUUUUUUUCUGAUCACAGUCUAGUGUUAACUCUGCUCUGAGAAGGAGAUUGGACUGUAACUUCCUGAGGUCUCUUCCAGCCAGAAAAAUUAUUCUGUGAUUCUAUAUUCUUCAUGUUUAAAGUCAAGCUGUCGAAUACAGAGUUUAUACUUCUUCAUCUUCUCCCAUCAUCUGCUAAUUCUUAAUGCCUCUUACCUCUGCUUAAGAUAAGAUCUAAUAGAGAAAUGAAGUUGUACUCUGUUGUUUACAGAAUUGACAUGUUUUGCAAUGAAAAAUAAUCUUCCAAAAUUAUUUUUACUUGAUGUGACCCAGUUGUGGCAUUCAUUUUCUGCUGCAUGUGCAAGGAUUUUAAGAGCAUGAAGAAUAGCAUUUCUAAGUUAUAGCAGGUUUUUAACUGGUGAGAACUUUGUUUAUGUUCACUCUUGCAAAUUGUAUUUUAGAUGGGAAGGUUGCUUUUGGUAGAAGGAUUAGAAAAGGAUAAAUUUAAGAGAAUUAACUGUAUCAAUGAUUUUGAGCCAGGAGACAUAUUUUCAUCAGGAUCUGCUGUUUCAAAUGCAGCGUUGUUUGGUAAUGCCUGUCCAUACCAUCUUUAUUCUGAAACUGGGGAAGGGUUUUAGAUCCCUUGUAAUACACUACUGUGUUUCUGUUUAAAGGCUUAAAUUUAUAUUAGUAGACAUGCAAUAUUGAGAUGUACAGAUGGAAAAGAUGAAAACAUUUACAUUCUUAUCCUUUUAUAAGUUUUUCUCUCUAGUGAAAAUUAUCUUUCCUUGUGUUCUGUGAACUACAUACUGUGAGUAAGAACAUUUAUUAAAUACCCUAUUGAAGAGGAGCUUUCUGCAGUGAAAGUAGAGGAAUUUGAAUUAUCUGUAAGUCAGUCCAGUGACAGCAGUUCAGAAUGCUCAUAUUGCCCUGUCAGUCUUAUACAAGUUAUCUACAUAAAUAGGUUUUCAUCCUUAAGGGGUCUUACUUCAGUAGGAGUAGUAUUCUAAAAUAAAAUUAUUCAGAAAUAAUUUGACUUAAAUUUCAGGGAGUGCAGGAUGCCCAUGUUAGUUAACCCCAUUGUGCAUUUCUUCAUUUGAAUUUCUGUUAAUCCUGGAACACUAUACUACAGGCAAGACUAGAAAUAUACUUCAUCCAUUUAGAAAGAAUUGUGGCUUGGUAGUACAAAAUCAUCUUUUCCUCCUCAGUAAAUAUGCAUAUAUGUUCUACUAAUGUUUUCUACAGCUUUUAGUCUGUGCAAAGAAAGAGUUAUGAAUGGCUUAUAUAAUGGCUCAGGAUAAUGUGUUUAUACAUUAGGUUCUGAUGCACUUAUGAAUUAGAAUUCAUACAUUAGAUGUCAGUCUGGCAGCUGCUGGUCUGAGCUUCUACCAGUGCAGUUCCAAUGCAAGAGGUGAAACUUUGUCCUUAUCUUACACAUUGUUGAAAAUACAAAGGUUGUUACCUCUUACAUGUUUUGUGGCACUUACCUUUCCAAAGAUACAGUCUCCACUUGGGCUCAUAGGGAUGCCAGUCCACAGGAGGAACUGCUGCUGUGAUAAUGGCUUCAUGCUGUUUAUCCCUUGUCUGCUACUUGUUGCCAUUGUUGCAGCAGUGUUGGCAGACACGUGUCUGUGCCCCCAUUUAUGUGUUUUGGUGGGAAAUCUGGUAUUUAGCUGAAAAUGGAAUAGCUAACACUUUGAGCACACACUCCAUUCUACUACUGUGGCAUUUACCCCAGAUAAAUGGACAGAAUUGUAGCAAAGAAUGGCAGUGUCUUGGACUGUCACAAAUCAGUCAUCUAGCAUGGUUUGUCCCAGCCAAUUGACUGUAUUUAUUCUAUGCAUUGGCAUUUCAACAUGUUUCUGUUUUUAAAUUAUACUGUUUACUGUAGGCAUGACUGGUUCUGUAUAGGCAAAGAACAUAUCCGUAUAUCUUCCUCCAGUAGUAACAACAAAUAAGAUUAUAAACAAUAAUUACAUCUGUGUUAUUUACUGUCUUGUUUCUAAAUAAUUGCUGGAUGGUGAAUUACUCUAUUCCUUUUCCAGGUAUAAUUCAAGUUGCAGCACAAAUUUUGGUAUUGUGUCUCCACUGGUGACAUCCCCUCGCGUAUUGUAGCUUACAGCAGUUUGUGCCAAAAUCUUGCCUGGCCAUUUUUCAAGAUGGAUUGUUUUAUCAGCCUGACUUACCAGGGAGUAUUGGUUUGAAUCCCAAAUAAGACUGCAGAAGCAGUAAACACUGUUCACAAAAUGCAAAAAUGCAAGGUUUCAGAUAGUUUCUAUUGUAAUGCUGUAAGAGGUAUAAUUGUUGCAGUGUUAUUAUGCAUGCCCCCAGAAAAAUACUUAUUAAUAAAAAUGCUUAAUAAAGAAUUAAUUACAAUCUUUUGCUUCCCUGUUAUUGGUUAGUAAUGAUUAAAGGAUUUCUCAUCAUAACAUUUGCAGUAGUGUACCUACCUAUAAGGAUGGGAGUGUGCCUAGCAUUUUAAAAAGGAGAAUAUUUUUGUUCUGUGUCAAAAUAAAGUCAGUGUGCUGCA